AAGCACUCCCGCCUGGUCCGGCGUCUGCAAUGGCAAGAGCAGCGGCGGCGGAGGCCUUUUCGCGGCGCCUGGGCGCGGCCGUGCGCGGCCUCUCCGGCGCCUGGUACAACCGUCAUAUGGCCGCCGCCGACCGCGCCAUCCGCGCCCGACUCCCCCUUGUCGACCUCGUCCUCGAGGUCCGCGACGCCCGCGUACCCGCCACCUCGGCGUUCGAGCUUCUCCACCGCCGCUCCCCGGAGGAGCCCGACGUGCGUCGGCUCGUUGCGCUCAACAAGGCCGACCUGGCUGAUCCGUCCGAAACCGAGAAGUGGGUGGCGUUCAUGAAGCAAAGGGGCUGCUCGUGCAUCGCGGUCAAUUCACACUGCAGGGAAAGCAUCAAUGAGCUGUUGAAUGCUGUGCGUGGGAGGAUCAGGGAGGUCAAGCUUGGGGUGAGCGACUGCACAGGGACUGUUCUCUUGGUCGGUAUCCCUAAUGUUGGCAAGUCGGCCAUCAUCAAUGCGAUGCAUCAAAUUGGAAGGAUUGGGGCAGCAGAGAAGGGAAAGCUCAAGCAUGCUAUUGUCAGCAGCCAUCCAGGAGAAACCAGAGAUAUAAGUGGCUACAAGGUUGCUAGUCAUCCAAAUAUAUAUGUGUUAGACACUCCUGGUGUUCUAUCUCCUAUAUUUGCUAAUGAUGAAUAUGGUCCCAGGCUAGUUUUGACAGGAGCAAUUAAGGAUUCCUUGUUAGAGGAGUAUGAGAUUGCACAAUUCCUUCUUACAAUUCUUAACUUAAGGAAGGAAUGCAGGGAGUGGGAGAACCUGAAUCUAGAUGGAGAUAAAUCUUCUUUUGCUGAUGCAGUUCCCACCAGGAGUUGCCAUACUAAAAGGCAGUAUUCCUCAGAUCAUACCCAGGAUUUUAUCGUUAGAGCCGUUCGUCAAGCGCUUUCUGAGACCAUAGCAUCUUUUCAGGGAGAUUUAGGAAAUGAGAAUGAUUUAAGAAGAUUGGUAGAAAUCCAGUUUACACACUUGCAGAAUGCUUUCAGGAUUUCUGCUGAAACAAUUGAGGAUAGGAAUAAACGUGUCGCUGUCAAAUUACUCAAUCUCUAUCGCACAGGAAGGCUUGGCCAUUAUACCUUAGACCAUGUUCCAGAUGUUAGGCAGGAAGUAGCUGCAUAAUCAUCCAAUGUGGAACACGGGUCAGAGAAGGAUAUAUGUGGAUACAAAUCAUUACUUACUUAGUCUGGAAAACAGAGAAAAGGAUAAGAAGAUUGAAGCAUCAAACGGUGAUUUACUUACCAGGGACUCAUCACUUGAUUUUGAGUCUAGUACUUCUCUAUACCCAGUAUGAAUGGAAGCUCUUGACGUCUGCUUAUCAAGAAUAUUAUCAUGCUUCUCUUGAUCUCGAAAAUACUCAUCCACACAGCCUGCAAUUUUUCUUUGUGCAGCUGUGGAGGUCCUCUCCCGACCAGUUUGGUAAUACGAAGAGGCUCAUAAAGAGGCAUAUGGCACACCCUAUGGCAAUUGUACUCAAGCGAUCUCGUGCUAAAGGCAGUAUGUUCUCUUGGCGGAAGCUUGAGACCGUUAUCAGAUUGAAGAAACCGAAGAAGUACAUCCACAAAUGGCACAUAUUAUAAUCAGUAUGAUGCUAGUAGAUUACCUGCGGUAAAUUCGAGCACAACAACAACCGUCAUGACAGCCCACAUUGCAUUCUUUCCCACUCCUUUGAACAAGGGUUCUAGUAUAUACAAGAGCGAGACCAGUGUGAGAGCUGUCCCAACCUUGAGAGCAUGAAUGGCUCUCCUUUGAUCUUCUCUUCCAAUACUCCAUGCGUACGCCCACCAAGAAGCAGGAAUCCUGGUGAUCUUCUUCACUCUCUCAGGAAGCAUCAGCAAGCUGUUCUUGUUGCUGCUGGGAUCUACAGCACAAGCCAUUCUUGCAGCCUGGGCUCAAGAUGAAUGCUCAGGUUCCUUGGAAGAUGGCAAUGCUACCAACAGUAACGCCGUCUAGGUGUUCCGAAUAUCAGGAAGGGAGAGGACGCUAACUUCGUCCCGUUUGUUGAGCAACUCGCCGAGUCACAGGACGAUACGCAUUUCUCCUUUUCCUGACGCUGAUACGUGGUGAUGGCGGCCUUGACUUUGCACUGGACCAUCGGCUGAAUGAGUUCACGUGAAGAGGAAGUUGGGAAAGGCCCCGGGCUCGGCAAGCCGCUCGUGUGCGCGCCUUGAUUGGACGACAAUGGCCGGCUCGUCCGGUCCCGGUCCGGCUGUGGUGGAGAGCGACAUGUGCGGAUGGCCGCUUGAGGUUGUAGUGUAGGGCGAAGGUCACGGUUGUCGCCGGGUUCAGAUUUGUCGUGCGGCCGCUCUGCCAGCUGCGGUGAUUCUCUGCCGUCAGAUUUCUUUUUGCCGUCCGGGGGUCGACACCUUGCCAGGCGAGGGCACACCUGUGAACUGGUUGGUGGCCUUGUGUCAAACCUGCACUUGAAAUGCACGGCUGGUGCUGGACUUUGGGUUGGUUCGCAUUGAUCACAUCUAAUUUAGGGAUAUUUUUGUUUUUUGUCGCUAAGCCUUCGUAUCAUUGCAUGAUUUCUAAAACAAAACUUCUGUACUUUUUUACUAGUGAUAGCAACAACUAUUUUUUUCUCUUGUUA